AUGGCAGAUCAAUCCAAGAAAAUUAUACAGGAACGGGUGAAGAAAUAUUCGAAGGCUAUUUGCAAGAAUAUUGAUGAUCGUUUUCCGCCCGACUCUUUAGCGAUCUUGGAAUCAUUUUCGGUCUUUGAUGUAACCCAAGUGCCAGGUGACAUCAACGCUCCAGAUUUCAAAGUAUAUGGACAAUCUGAGAUUACUGCAAUCAAGGAGCACUUUUACCGGGAACAACAAAUAGGAAAUGACUUCUUGGAACAAUGGAAAGAUAUGAAAUAUGAACUUCUCCAAUUGAAAACCAAGUGGCUGCAAUUUAAAGAUAAUGUUGAAUCAAAUAAUAUGAAGAUAAAAUUUUCCCCAACGGAAUGGGUUCUUAGGAAAAUUGUCAAAGAUUAUCAACACGAUGAACAGUUCGCACUUGUCUACCGAGUAGCAAAGGUAGCUUUAGUGACCCCAGUAACUAAUGCAUGGCCAGAGCGGGGAGCAAGUGCUGUGAAGAGAAUUAAGACAAGGUCCAGAAGCAGCAUGAAAAGUGACUUGCUGAAUGCUUUACUUAUGAUUUCCAUCAAUGGACCUGCAUUGAAAACGAAAGAAUACCAAGAGUUAAUGGAGGAAGUUGCUGUAAGGAAUGCAAAUGAAAAGCACAGAAUGUGUCCUCGCAGUUUCAUCAGUGUUGUCCAAAAGAAAAGCUUAUCCUCAAGUACACAAACUGUAGACAUCGAUGAACUAUCAGAAAUUGAAAACGCGCAGAAGAUUGAUAAACAUUUACAAGAGAGUUUGAAAAACAAAGAAGCUUGGAUUACAGACGCUUUUUUUGAGAGUGAUGAGUCCGAUGGCGAUGACAGUGAUGAUGAUGACGACGAAGAAGAAAUUGAAGAUCAUGAAGACAGCGAUGUCACAGAUACUGACAGUGAAAAUUAUGCUGAUUAA